AUGGCUUUCAUAAACGACGAUCGCUUUGCCAACGGCGUGCCUCGCCUGUCGGGCGGCGGCAACAACAUUCGACAGUGGGAGUACCAUCUCGGAAGCUACGCGGCAGCGAUCUCUGGAGACGAAAUCGUCAAGGGUUCUAAGCCCGACGAUGGCUCGGAGGAAUGGAGCCGCAUUGAUGAUGCAUUGCGUAACACCAUCAUCUUCACCAUCAGCGCCUGGACCUUUGAGUUCAAGGCGGUCAAGGCUGCUAAAACCGCAGCAGAAGCUUUCAGUGCCAUCAAAGAGCGCUUCAGGUUCCACGUCGCGCAGGCUCGCAUAAAGGUCUACAGUGCCUUCCAUACUCUCAACGCCGCCAGCUUCAGAUCCGCCGAGAAUUUCACCACCGCCUUCAUGAGCCAGCUCGCCGCCAUGGAGAAAGAGGGCUUCAGCACUGUGCCUCUGGAGAUGGUUCUUCGUUUCCUCAUCGCCCUCGACCCGGUCCUUCCAGUGUAUUGCCGCCAUCGCCGCGCAGACAUCUACAACGACUUUCCCGUCUCGCUCGACACCAUGAUCUCCGACCUCCUCCAGAAUACCGACAUCGACAAAGCAUUUAAGGACUCAUACACCGUAUUUGAGCGCGCACGCAAAGCCAAGGCAGCCGCUGAUUCCGCGAGUGGUAUGGCCAAGAACAUCGCAAAGGCCGGAUCUGUGUGUAAAGACUGCGGGUCUUCGCACAAGAGCGCUGGGGAUGUGUGCUACUCCGCCCAUCCUGAGCUCGCUCCGAAGAAGUGGGUGAGCAAGAACAUGGGCAGGAUCGUUGCUGCGCGCGAGUACAAGGAAGGCCAGCAGCAGAGCGGUGGCUUCACAGGCUCCUCUUCGUCGGUGCAUGCAGAGGGCGGUUUAGAGGGCGGGUUCACAGGCUUCUCGCCGUUAUUGCAUGCUCUUAUGAGCGCCGAAACUACUUCUACUACUGAGGCCCCCAUCAUCCCCGAGUCAACAGCUGACACUGACACUCUGAUGGACCAAGACCACACAUCCGAUGCCGAGUCUGAGUCAGGAGGAGGCUGCGCGCUGGGCGGUUUUGAGCAGUGA